AGAAAAGCUCAUUUGUCUCUAUUUCCAUUUCGGCCUAAUGUUUUUUAAGUUUUACAGUGCAACACGCUGAUCAAGUUAAGCCACUUGCAACUCUGCAUAUGGAUGAUUUUCUAAUUCACUUUAAUCGAAACGGACAGGUGUAAUUUUAAAAAUGUACUAAAAUCCAUGAAAACACAGGUGUGCUAACACGUCAAGAAGUGGCAAAUCAAAUCAAAAUCAAUCAGUUUCCAAAGAUGACUGAACCGAUCAAACAAGCUGGAUCCAUUGAGAAGUACUUAGAAGAAACAAUUUUCGAGUACUUGCGAGGCCAAACCGAAGUGGCUGAAACCUAUGCUUAUGAUUUUAACAAAAAGCAACAAACGACCGCUGAAGACCCGCAAAAAAUCUUAUGUCUUAUCGAAGACUUGUUAAAUGACCUGCUAGAUGAUGUCGAUAGAACGGUUUUAUACGAAGCAGAGUAUCAGAAAGCGUAUAAAUCCCAUCACCAAUACGCCUUAUUUGAACUGGCAGAUAUUAUUCCCGGAUUUUCUCUUGAUAACACUCUAAUAAGGCAACUGUGCUUCCGGGAAACUCUCCUCAUAAGCAACGUGGAUCAACAACAAGCGCAACAGAAGGGCAACGGGAUUAAACCACAAGGUGUCGGAGGAAUGUGCCUGAAAGUGGAACUAGUGAGAGGAAUGCCACCUAAGCAGAAACUGAGUGAAGAAGACAGCGACAAGACUAUUGUGGAAAAACUCAAGGAAAUCAAAGAAGAACUAGCGCGGUCUAAAACGGUUAUUGGCGCCAGCCCUCAAGAAGAAACUGAAUCGGAAAAGCUGAGAAAGUAUGAAGAAUUCCUGCAGGAGCAGAUGUUUAAAACGCCCCACAAGUUCGUCGUGCAUUUAUCAACAGAAUUCAACGUCGAUGGACAGAACGCGGGUUCUAGGGUAAUUUCUUGGGUCGACAAAGAUUUGCACACCCUCGAAGAAAGGCGCACAGAAUACUUAUUUCGAGAAGAUAUUUCUUCCACAAAACAAGUCCUGUACUACGCACUUCAGGACAGCAAAUACUUUGUGAAACACCAGCAAAAUACCAAUGAAACGACCGAAACUAGAAAGUAUUAUCCUUUGAGUAAAACGAAAGAUAUGAUUGGGGAAGGUGCCAACUUUAUCCUCAUGAGAUACUUGGCGAUUACAAAGUAUACGGGCUCAUUUGAGAUGUCGACGAUUUAUAUUAAUGGGGACAUGUGCAGGAAUAUUUAUGAUUGCAAAGGACCCAAGCCGGGCAUUGUCAAUGGACACAAGAUAGACUUAUGUAAAAUAUACCGCACCAUUAUAGAAGAAUGUGGCAUUAUUCAUUUAUCAGUUACGGUUUUAACCGUCUACGGCAUGAUUGUUAGUCAGGAAUGGGAAGGAUGCCCGUAUAUUAUUCACAUAAAUCCGCUUUUUGUUACCAAAGGAAAGCCAGUGCCUUAUGAUUGCGUAGCGCUGAAAAAGGUGUGGGAAACCAACAUGGAAAUGGUAUCCAAAUAUCUCGAUUGCAAGGUAGAAGCAGAGUUCAAAAUGAAAACCUACCUAAAAGACCACCCGGAAAUUCAAGAUAUGCUGUCUGACUACCUAAACAGUGUGCUGCUGUUGAAGCCGGAAAACGUUAUGCCAUUCACUGUGGACUAUUUCAUGAACUUUGAGCCAUACAGUUUGCCCGAGCUGCCCUAUUUCGACGACUUCGACGAGAACAAAGUAACAAAUGAAAGCGAAAUGUUCUGGUAGUUGCGGGCAAAAUCUCCAAAUAAAACAUUCAACAUACCUUUUCAAA